GAGGGCCGGACGGCGCGCAUGCGUGCGGCCCCCGCUCCCCCGGGGCUCGUCGGCCCCGUGCGUGCGCACGCGCGCUGUCCCCCGGAGGCGUCUGGGUGUGCGGAGCGCGCGCGCGCGGCUCGGAGGCGCACCUGUGAGGUGUCCCUUGAGGAGAGGGAGGGUGGGUGCGCGGAGCCCGCGGCCUGGGGCGCUUCAACCCCUCACUUGGAAGCGCCCCGCGUCCCAGCAGAGCCCGCCGGGCAUCCUACCCAGGUGAUGAGGAACCCUUCGCGCCCCCAGCGCAGAGCGCCGCUGCCGCUGGACGCCUCCAUUGUUUGACCACAACAAGGGCCGGAUUCUCAGCCAGUGCCAGCGGAGCUGAUUUGCCUUGUUGUGUACCUGAGCCUGGGGGGCUGGCCGGGCAGCGGCUACAGAGGGAGCUCGUGAGAGUGCAGAAUCCUGGCAGCUGAGGAGGAAGUUCCCAGAAUGGACCUGCAAAUCCAAGAGAUACAUCUCUCUGGAAGAUAAGAGAGCUUCUUCCCCAAGAUCAAAAAAGGAGACUGGAGUGAGACUCGUGUAGGGAAUCCCCAGAAGGAAGGAUUGGCACACCUGGAACCCGAGGAGCUUGCUUCCUGGAAAGGCUCCUGUCUGAUGUGUAGGAGGCAGAAUGUCCUACUGACUCUUCAAGGGGAGGCUACACAGGAUCGAGACCCUCCACCACAGGCGACACUGUGCAUUCCUUUUUCUAGAAGUGGGAAGUACGAGAUUAUUCUACAAGAGGAAGAUUCCAGGGGCUUAAAAACACAGAGGUUUGCACCUUGGGAGCCCCUUGGAAUGUUGACAACUCAGGAUCUAAAGGAAAAUUCUGUGUUAAUGAGUUACAGAAUUCAUUUGGAAGUAAAUGUCACUUUAUGAUCAAUAAUAAUACUGAGUGAGGAGCACUAUGCAGGAAGAAAUCUUCCAUAGAAAGACAGGCAGGGAGAAGCUUAGGCCAACCUUAGACCUACUUAAUAGAGCAAGCCUGAGAUAAACUGCCAGAAUGGCCAAAUAAGAGACUCUAUGAGAUAGCAAUUCUGUAACUAUAGUAGUCAUACAGAAAUUUUUUCCUCUAAAUCACGAUACCAAAUAGGAAAAAUGAUCUACAAGUGCCCCAUGUGUAGGGAAUUUUUCUCUGAGAGAGCAGAUCUUUUUAUGCAUCAGAAAAUUCACACUGCUGAGAAGCCCCAUAAAUGUGACAAGUGUGACAAGGGUUUCUUUCAUAUAUCAGAACUUCAUAUUCAUUGGAGAGACCACACAGGAGAGAAGGUCUAUAAAUGUGAUGAUUGUGGUAAGGAUUUUAGUACUACAACAAAACUUAACAGACAUAAGAAAAUCCACACAGUGGAGAAGCCCUAUAAGUGUUAUGAGUGUGGAAAAGCCUUCAAUUGGAGCUCACAUCUUCAAAUUCACAUGAGAGUUCAUACAGGUGAGAAACCCUAUGUCUGUAGUGAGUGUGGAAGGGGCUUUAGUAAUAGUUCAAACCUCUGCAUGCAUCAGAGAGUCCACACCGGAGAGAAACCCUUUAAAUGUGAAGAGUGUGGGAAGGCCUUCAGGCAUACUUCUAGCCUCUGCAUGCAUCAGAGAGUUCACACAGGAGAGAAACCCUAUAAAUGUUAUGAGUGUGGGAAGGCCUUCAGCCAGAGCUCGAGCCUCUGCAUCCAUCAGAGAGUGCACACUGGGGAGAAACCCUAUAGAUGUUGUGGGUGUGGGAAGGCCUUCAGCCAGAGCUCAAGCCUCUGCAUCCACCAGAGAGUGCACACUGGGGAGAAACCUUUUAAAUGUGAUGAGUGUGGGAAGGCCUUCAGUCAGAGCACCAGCCUCUGCAUCCACCAGAGAGUGCACACAAAGGAGAGAAACCAUCUCAAAAUAUCAGUUAUAUAGAGCAUUUUGCUAAGAGUUAAAAAUCUUAAAACCCAUAAGUGCCACUAGGAAGGAAACCCUGUAAAUACCUACAUUGAUCCAAGAAAUUUUUACAGCAAGCCCCAGCAGGACAUUCUUUUUGAAGAGGCAUAUGUGAGAUUUGCUUUGUUUUGUUUUGUUUUUUGGGGUUUUUUUGGUUUUGUUUUUGUUUUGAUUCAUGCCAAGUGUGUUCCACAACUUGACUUUGAAUCUGGAAUCCCUCUGAGUGUCUGCCCAAGAUGGGCCAUUGAGGUCCCAGUCAUGGGUGUGUGUUUCCUGGGAUUUGGGCUUGAUGCCUCAGUAGUGGGAAAUAUGACACAGGAAACCAUGAUCAUUGCCUAGCCUCCUGAGUCACCUUCUGUCUACACUUUACCUAACAGUUACCCCAGACAUCCCCCUUUCAGGAGCUCAUGCCCUUCCUUCCCUCCAUUCAGGCAUACUGGUUAAUGCAUUUGAAAACACCUCUCACAAAGACAGUGUGCUGGUAUUUCUGAGGUUAUCCUUCGGUUCAGCCCCUACAUAUCGUUCCAUAGAUCCCAUCACUUCUGAGCCCGCUUUACCCGUAUGUCCUCGCAGUACCCGUAAAUAUCCAUCCCUUCCUAGAUGGCAUUAAAUUUCACUUUAGAUUUUAGGUGACUCAUAAUUUCCAUUCACUUGGCCCAUCAGAGAAAUCACUGGCAGACAUACAUGCCCUUGAACUUUUCAUGAACUUUUUAAAAAACAUGUCAUGGUUUCUGCUAAUCACUGUGUCUCUAUGUUAGACUUAAUUUUCUAGUGGCUACAUCACAUAUUUUUAACUUGAAUUUUUUGGAAAUAGCUGAAUGUAAAUAGGGAGGAAGAAGCAAGCAAGCAAAGUUAGAACUCUCUCCAUCCAGAAUUGCCCUCUUGGGCUCCUUUUGUAGCAUGUGGAGCUCCUUAUUAACUAGGGGAGACCAUAGGAGAAGUGGCUGUUGGGAGGAGUCACUAAUAAUAUUUAGUCUCUGUUUCUGUAAUUUUGGGCAAUAAUGUGUAGGAGUCCUCAAUACCUUCAUUGAGGAUCAGGUAUUCCUUCGUUUUUAGGCAUGAAUGUCUGUGUCACUCUCUCCUUUCCUUUCCUUCAUUCAUUCAACAAGUAUUUAUUGAACACCUCCUAUGUGCCAGGCACUGUGCUAGGUGCUAGGAAUACCACUGAGUAAGACAGACAAGGGCCCUACUCUCAUGGAGUUUACUUCUGGUGGAGGAGACAGAUGAUACGCAAGUAAGAAAAUACAUAAUGUAGUUUGAGAUAGUGAUUAAGUGCUAUGAAGAAAAUAAAUUAGGGUGAUGAUUUAGAGUGGGGGUGGGGUGGGGGUGGGGCAUCAUUAGACAGCGGUCAGGGAAGGCCUUUCUGAGGGGGGCACUGGAAUGGAGCGCGCAAGGCUGGGAGCACCAGCUGGCUGGCCCUGCUGCCAUGUUUGCGGUGCGGAAGGCGGCCAGGCACUGGGGCGGAGUGAGCAGCGGGGAGGGGAGAGAUACUGAGUUGCUCAGUAUCCCAACUUUUAUAGGCCCUUUUUUCUUGUCUUCUUUUCUUUCGUUCUUUUUUUUUUUUUUUUUUCCUUUCUUUUUGUGGCUAGAUUGAUAUUAAAAACUCAUGUGGAAGAACUCAAGGAAUGUUUAGAAGACCAAAAGUCCCCAAUGAUGAGAACAAAAAGCAACUAAUUUUUAACUUUCUCUUCUCAUUCCUGUUUCCAUUGAUUCCCACAUGUAGUCCUUAUGCUCAGGAAGUCUUGGGAGAAGUUAAGCAUCUUUGAAGCUCUGAAAUGGGUGAAUAGGUUCAUGGUGUCUGUCAACUGUCUUAAGAGGUUGGAAUGAAUUACCCGAAAUAGUCAUCGAAAUACUGAAACAAAGCUUGAUUUUCUCUUCAUAUUUGAAUUAAUUUCUUCUGUUUGACUGGAAGGGGUUUUUGUGUAACUAAAACCUUAAGGCAUAAAGGAGAUUUGAAAGGAGCACAUAAUUUAGUGGGUGGGCCAUAUAACUAGAGAUGGGGUUCGGGGAUCAUUGCGUCCCUCUCUGGGUUUUCAUCGAGACAGCUCUGUUCACAGCCUUUGGGAAGUCCCUUCUCCUGCGUGUUCUCCUUGCCCAGGAGAGGGCCAGCCUAGUUCCUGGGUAAAGCCCCUUCCAGGCCUAACGCCCUCGACUACGAUUUACUGUAGUGUCUUACCCUCGUCCAUGUCACGGUAGCCUGCGGCGUUAGAGAGCCGCCUAGACUUUUAGUUGGUAGAGAGACAGCUGAAAUAUCAUCAGUAGGAUUUUAGUUUUAGGAAAAAUCGGUUUGAUUUCUAGCUUUAUUACUAUUAGGUGUGUGAGCUUGGGCAGAUUGCCUAAUCGUUGAGUCUAGUUUUCUCACGAAAUGAGGAUAUUAGGCUAAAUGAUUUCCGAGUUUCCAGCUAGUCCUAGAGUUCUAUAUUUCUACAUAGUUGAAUUAUUUUAUCAUGCUGUUGCUGGGGAAUAUGACUAACACUUUUGAAGCUACUAAUUUUAUGUCGAGCUUUAAGGUCCAUAAUUGUUAUCUUUGGAAAAUAUUAUUUGACCUACAGUAUGUCCAAAUCAAUUUAAUAAAAUCACUUUAUAACAGGG